UCUAGAGGCUGCUUCCGGUCGCGAGGCCAGCCACGUGAGCCCAGCGCAGGGGCGGGAGGAAGCCCGAGGUUCUGAGUAUCGAUUAUGUAACUGUACGAAUCGGUGGCUGCUCUGUCACGUGUCACCGACCGAGCGCGCUCCCGCUUGGCGCUUGCGCGGAGAGCUGCUCCCAGCUAUUUUUCUCCGUGGCAGCGGCGACGAGCGGAAGUUCUUGGGAGCGCCAGUUCCGUCUGUGUGUUCGAGUGGACAAAAUGGCGAAGAUCGCCAAGACUCACGAAGAUAUUGAAGCACAGAUUCGAGAAAUUCAAGGCAAGAAGGCAGCUCUUGAUGAAGCUCAAGGAGUGGGCCUUGAUUCUACGGGUUAUUAUGACCAGGAAAUUUACGGUGGAAGUGACAGCAGGUUUGCUGGAUACGUGACAUCAAUUGCUGCAACUGAACUUGAAGAUGAUGACGAUGACUACUCAUCAUCUACAAGUUUGCUUGGUCAGAAGAAGCCAGGAUAUCAUGCCCCUGUGGCAUUGCUUAACGAUAUACCACAGUCAACAGAACAGUAUGAUCCAUUUGCUGAGCAUCGACCUCCGAAGAUUGCAGAUCGGGAAGAUGAAUACAAAAAGCACAGGCGGACCAUGAUAAUUUCCCCUGAGCGUCUUGAUCCUUUUGCAGAUGGAGGGAAGACCCCUGAUCCUAAAAUGAAUGCUAGGACUUACAUGGAUGUAAUGCGAGAACAGCAUUUAACUAAAGAAGAGAGAGAAAUUAGGCAACAGCUAGCAGAAAAAGCUAAGGCUGGAGAACUAAAAGUCGUCAAUGGAGCAGCAGCAUCCCAGCCUCCCUCAAAACGGAAACGACGUUGGGAUCAAACAGCUGAUCAGACUCCUGGUGCCACUCCAAAAAAGCUAUCAAGUUGGGAUCAAGCAGAGACCCCUGGACAUACCCCUUCCUUAAGAUGGGAUGAAACACCAGGUCGUGCAAAGGGAAGUGAAACUCCUGGAGCAACCCCAGGCUCAAAAAUAUGGGAUCCUACCCCUAGUCACACACCUGCGGGAGCUGCUACUCCUGGACGAGGCGAUACACCAGGCCACGCAACACCAGGCCAUGGAGGCGCAACUUCCAGUGCUCGGAAAAACAGAUGGGAUGAGACCCCCAAAACAGAAAGAGAUACUCCUGGGCAUGGAAGUGGAUGGGCUGAGACUCCUCGAACAGAUCGAGGUGGAGAUUCCAUUGGUGAAACGCCAACUCCCGGAGCCAGUAAAAGAAAGUCACGUUGGGAUGAAACACCAGCUAGUCAGAUGGGUGGAAGCACUCCUGUUCUGACCCCUGGAAAGACACCAAUUGGCACACCAGCCAUGAACAUGGCCACCCCUACUCCAGGUCACAUAAUGAGUAUGACUCCUGAGCAGCUUCAGGCUUGGCGAUGGGAGCGAGAAAUUGAUGAGAGAAAUCGCCCAUUGUCUGAUGAAGAAUUAGAUGCUAUGUUCCCAGAAGGAUAUAAGGUACUUCCCCCUCCAGCUGGAUAUGUUCCUAUUCGAACUCCAGCUCGAAAGCUGACAGCAACUCCAACACCUUUGGGUGGUAUGACAGGUUUCCACAUGCAAACAGAAGAUAGAACUAUGAAAAACGUUAAUGACCAACCAUCUGGAAAUCUUCCGUUUUUAAAACCUGAUGAUAUUCAGUACUUUGAUAAACUUUUGGUUGAUGUCGAUGAAUCAACUCUUAGUCCAGAAGAGCAAAAAGAGAGAAAAAUAAUGAAGUUGCUUUUAAAAAUUAAGAAUGGAACACCUCCUAUGAGAAAGGCUGCAUUGCGUCAGAUUACUGAUAAAGCUCGUGAAUUUGGAGCUGGUCCUUUGUUUAAUCAGAUUCUUCCUCUGCUGAUGUCACCUACACUUGAGGAUCAAGAGCGUCAUUUACUUGUGAAGGUUAUUGAUAGAAUAUUAUACAAACUUGAUGACUUAGUUCGACCAUAUGUACACAAGAUCCUAGUGGUCAUUGAACCAUUGUUGAUUGAUGAAGAUUACUACGCUCGAGUGGAAGGCAGAGAGAUUAUUUCUAAUUUGGCAAAGGCUGCUGGACUGGCUACUAUGAUCUCUACCAUGAGACCUGAUAUAGAUAACAUGGAUGAGUAUGUCCGUAACACAACAGCUAGAGCUUUUGCUGUUGUAGCCUCUGCUCUGGGCAUUCCUUCGUUAUUGCCUUUCUUAAAAGCUGUGUGCAAAAGCAAGAAGUCCUGGCAAGCGAGACACACUGGUAUAAAGAUUGUACAGCAGAUAGCUAUUCUCAUGGGCUGUGCCAUCUUGCCACAUCUCAGAAGUUUAGUUGAAAUCAUUGAACAUGGUCUUGUGGAUGAGCAGCAAAAAGUUCGGACCAUUAGUGCUUUGGCCAUUGCUGCCCUGGCUGAAGCAGCAACCCCUUACGGUAUCGAAUCUUUCGAUUCUGUAUUAAAGCCUCUAUGGAAGGGUAUCCGCCAACACAGAGGAAAGGGUCUUGCCGCUUUCUUAAAGGCUAUUGGGUAUCUUAUUCCUCUCAUGGAUGCAGAAUAUGCCAACUACUAUACUAGAGAAGUGAUGUUAAUUCUUAUUCGAGAAUUCCAGUCUCCUGAUGAAGAAAUGAAGAAAAUUGUGCUAAAGGUGGUAAAGCAGUGUUGUGGAACAGAUGGUGUAGAAGCGAACUACAUUAAAACCGAGAUCCUUCCUCCCUUUUUUAAACACUUUUGGCAACAUAGAAUGGCUUUGGAUAGAAGAAAUUACCGACAGUUAGUUGAUACUACUGUGGAGUUGGCAAACAAAGUAGGUGCAGCAGAAAUUAUAUCCAGGAUUGUGGAUGAUCUAAAAGAUGAAGCUGAACAGUACAGAAAAAUGGUUAUGGAGACAAUUGAAAAAAUCAUGGGCAACUUGGGAGCAGCAGAUAUUGAUCAUAAACUUGAAGAACAACUGAUUGAUGGUAUUCUUUAUGCUUUCCAAGAACAGACUACAGAGGACUCAGUAAUGUUGAACGGCUUUGGUACAGUGGUCAAUGCUCUUGGCAAACGAGUCAAACCUUACUUGCCUCAGAUCUGUGGUACAGUUUUGUGGCGUUUAAAUAACAAAUCAGCAAAAGUUAGGCAGCAGGCAGCUGACUUGAUCUCUCGAACAGCUGUUGUCAUGAAGACUUGUCAAGAGGAAAAAUUGAUGGGGCAUUUGGGUGUUGUUUUGUAUGAGUAUUUGGGUGAAGAGUACCCUGAAGUUUUGGGCAGCAUUCUUGGAGCACUGAAGGCCAUUGUAAAUGUAAUAGGUAUGCAUAAGAUGACCCCACCAAUUAAAGAUCUGCUGCCUAGACUCACCCCCAUCUUAAAGAAUAGGCAUGAAAAAGUACAGGAGAAUUGUAUUGAUCUUGUUGGGCGUAUUGCUGAUAGGGGAGCUGAAUAUGUGUCUGCAAGAGAAUGGAUGAGGAUUUGCUUUGAGCUUUUAGAGCUCUUAAAAGCACACAAAAAAGCUAUUCGUAGAGCCACAGUCAACACAUUUGGUUAUAUUGCAAAGGCCAUUGGCCCUCAUGAUGUAUUGGCUACACUUCUCAACAACCUAAAAGUUCAGGAAAGGCAGAACAGAGUUUGUACAACUGUGGCCAUAGCUAUUGUCGCUGAAACAUGUUCACCCUUCACAGUACUACCUGCCUUAAUGAAUGAAUACAGAGUUCCUGAACUGAAUGUUCAAAAUGGAGUGUUAAAGUCACUUUCCUUCUUGUUUGAAUAUAUUGGUGAAAUGGGAAAGGACUACAUUUAUGCUGUAACACCACUACUUGAGGAUGCUUUAAUGGAUAGGGACCUUGUACACAGACAGACUGCUAGUGCAGUGGUGCAACACAUGUCACUUGGGGUUUAUGGAUUUGGUUGCGAAGAUUCGCUGAAUCACUUGUUGAACUAUGUAUGGCCCAAUGUGUUCGAGACAUCUCCCCAUGUAAUUCAGGCAGUUAUGGGGGCCCUGGAGGGUCUGAGAGUUGCUAUUGGACCAUGUAGAAUGCUACAGUAUUGUUUACAGGGUUUGUUUCACCCAGCCCGGAAAGUCAGAGAUGUGUAUUGGAAAAUUUACAACUCCAUCUACAUCGGUUCACAGGAUGCUCUCAUAGCACAUUACCCAAGAAUCUACAAUGAUGAUAAGAACACCUAUAUUCGUUAUGAACUUGACUAUAUCUUGUAACUUUAUUGUUUAUUUUGUGUUUAAUGCACAGCUGUUUCACACCUUAAACUUGCUUUGAUUUGGUGAUGUAAACUUUUAAACAUUGCAGAUCAGCGUAGACCUGGUCUUAGAGGAAGAGCUAGAAAUCCAGUAGCAUGAUUUUUAAAUAACCUUUGUUUUUGAUGUUAAGCAGUAAACGCCAGUAGUGACCAAGAACACAGUGAUUACACACACUAUACUGGAGGGCUUUCAUUUUUAAUUCAUGUUUAUGAAGAUUUAGAAUUCAUUCCUUGUGUUUAAAGGGAAUGUUUAAUUGAGAAAUAAACGUUUGUGUACAAAAUGCUAACUCGUGUGUGUUUUUUGAACAUGACUUGUAAAAUGCGGAACUUUGAUAAAGUACUGGUUUCUGUAGAAUAAGUGGCUUAAUAUCGUUUUCUGUCACCUGGUUUAUAGAGAGUAGUUAGUAGAAUACAAGCUAUAUAAAGUGAUGGUAUCUUUGUCAAAAUUCCAUUGCUCUGUUGAUAAAGACAUUAGGAAGAGUAGCUUUGAGGGUGUUAACCUCAAACUAGCACAACCCUUCUAUCACCUUAGAAAAUAUAGCACCUUUGCUGAACUGUCUUUAAUAUUAUUUUGCACUUGCAUAGCGCCUUUCAUCUCUUGAUUUCUCAAAAUGCUUAUGAAUUUGCUUAAGGGAAGUAAUUAAAGUCAUAUCCAACUCGUGACAAUUCUGUUUAGAAUGUGGGAAAAGUAGCUUAAACUUCUACUUCUAGUAGGGAGUAAGGCUACCUCUUAAGUCAUGCUAGUUAGAAUAAGACAAUCUUUUGAGUUCUUUGCCCAUGUCAUGUCGUAAGCCACUACUCAACAGUAUAUACCUGUUAAGCACCUACUGUAUGUCAGCCAUUGUGGUUAGUUGUAGGGAUGCAGAGGUACUUCUGACCUGCCUCUUGCCCUUAGGAAAUACAGUAUAAUGGAAAAGGGGAAACAUCUAGUUACAGAUUACUUAUGUACUAAUACUACACAAUGGCAGCAGCUGAAAUGUCUAGGUUUGCUUAGUUUUGCUUAAGCAUCAGGUAACAUCAAUCAAUUUAUCAGAUAAUGAUCAAUAGGUGUUGAGCAUAAGCUGAAAUGCCAUUCAAAUUUAGAAGAACCCAGCAUUAAUACAGUACUUUUUUUUAAUAAUAAAGUAUAUCUUUGUUUUUCCCUAGUUGGCCAAAACUUUUUUAGUUUUAGGUGUUAAUCUUCCCAUAGCUAUUUUAGUUUAUCUCCUUAUGUUAUAGUACUUAACAUGAACUCUGAUGAGAAAUGAGCUGCCGCAGCAGCCUAAACAUACAGUGACUCUGCCGCAGUAAGGAAAACCAGUAUCCUGAGAUUAGGUUAAUUUAUUGAACUGUUAAUACUCCCUGUUUUGGAGGCUUACUUGAGAAAUAGCUUAUAAUUGGCUGACUUGUACAAAAUUGAUACUGAGCAUUAGCUGAUCAGGCAGAAUUAGUGACUAGUUUUUUAUGGGACAUAACUUCAUGGCAAUAUGUCAGUGGUACAAAAUUUCCAAAAUCAUCUAUUUUUAGAAGUUACUGUAACAGUAUCCCCUGUGCAACUUUAAAUCUUGCUGUUCUCUUUUAUGCUUGAUGUCAGAUCACCUUCAGUAAUUACCAGUUGUGAAAAUUGAAGAAUACAAUGAAAUUUCAAAGCCAAGAUUUGCUUUUAAACCAGUCUUUGGAAAAUUUAGUUACAUCCUCAGUUUUUUGCAUAAGUUCAAUUUGCUUUGGCCUUUGAUGUUUAUGUGAAACAUCUGUGCUUUGUAGUGGCAGUGUGGAGCAAAGACGAUUGGAAGUGGUUUUUUACUGAUUCGAAAACUUGAGGACAGAGGUGAGACAAAUACUGAGGCCUGUGUUCGUAAAAGUUGGGACCAAAUGAGGCUCACAAAUGUUUGAAUUAUUUUAUAUGCUUCUGGAAUAAGGAAAGCAUUUUGUGAGAUACUUACGUGAAAGACGCUAUGUGAUGUUUUAACAAAGACUUUUUCUUUCGCACUUUCCUUUGGUGUUUCUUAAAGCCAAACUUAAAAGGAAGAAAUUAAUGUUCUGAGGGGACAGUGGGUGGGUUUUUCUGUGGGCUUUUGUUGGUUUUCCUGUGGGCCCUCUAAUGGAAUUGAUCUCUCUGGCUGUUCAAUUUUUUUCUUAUUGUAUUUUUAAAGAUUGUUGUAUGGUGCCCUGUGAGCAUCAAGUACCACCAGAUGAAUAAAACUUAUUAUAUC